UCUGGUAAGUUAGUUCAUGUUAGUCAUGUGCUGAGCUUAUGUACACAGAAAUAUGCUUAUUUUUAUGCUUUUUAUGUUUUCCUUGCAUCAUAUGAGGUCAUGUUCCUGUAGGAAACUAAGUGACUUGAGUUGUCUCUGUGUUCAACAGUUACUUAAUGAAAAAUUCACGUUUCUUAUCAGAACAUAUUAGGAUUCAAAUCCAUAUAAAGAACACAAGACCACUAUAGGCAAAAGAUGAAGAACCACUUCAAUGUUAGUGCCCUCACCAGCCUGAGCGUUCCUGUGACUCUGGGAAAUGCUUGUGGAAUUGAUUUCAGUCAAGAUGGCAUCUUCCUUCCCGUCCUGUAUGGAAUCUUCUUCAUCAUCGGCACCCCUUUAAACCUGCUGGCGCUCUUUGGACUCUACAAACUCAUCCAGUCGGAGAACGUUCUUCCAGUUUAUGUCAUCAACCUUCUGAUCGCAGACCUGAUUCAACUUCUGACUUUGCCUUUAUGGAUAGAUUACUAUGCCAAUGGACACAAUUGGCGCUUCGGACCCCAGAGCUGUCAGUUCAUGGGUUUGUUUUUUUACAUUAGCAUUUAUUCAGGCAUCUUCUUCAUGUGUAUCAUUGCUCUAGAACGUCACCUGGCCAUCGCCAGACCUCUCAGUUUCAAGUAUCUCCUUAACUUGAAGUUUGCUCGCUGGAUAGCACUCAGCAUUUGGAUUCUAAUUGCGGUGCCACCUGCCAUUGCGUUAAACAAACUCUUUCCCAAGCAGGAAAAUUACACUCUUUGUAUCGAGAAGUAUCCCUCAGAGGGCAGUUUUAUCACCUACAGGCUAAUUACUCUGCUUUUGUCCUUCAUCAUUCCCCUGAGCUUCAUUGUUGGUCUCCAUAGAGAGACUGUCCGCUCGCUGAUGGCAAUCAACCGGCUUUUAUCCGAGGAGAAGAGAAGUAUCAGGGGUCUGCUCACUCUUCUGGUGGCCGUAUUUGUCAUGGUGCUGGGACCCUAUCAUUUCAUCGGCUGUUUGAAGUACGUCGGACUGCUUAUACACAACAGUCCGUGUGUUUGGGAAAAGGCUAUGUUUAUGCCCUAUCAGUUAGGACGAGGCUUUCUGAGCCUUAACAGUUUGCUGGAUCCUGUGUUUUACAUCUUUCUCCGCAAAGACUUUCGUGCAACCGCUGGGAAGUACUUCCCUUGCCUGAGGAGAGUGAGGAACAGAUCGUAUCGGACAGAGAAUGUGUCAAGCUCUACUCUAGACUGUUCUUAAAGAUUUCCUCCUGGUUAUGUAUUUGAAAUACACUUUGGACAAAAAACUAAGAAACUAUGCCAAACUCAUACAAAAGGCCCUUAGACAAAUGAUUUAGCAUCAUUGCUCAUUCUUAAUUAGAAGACAUAUGGCAUUGCUAUGCUUUUAGUUAGCCUUGCUUGCUCCUGAAUUUUGUUUUUCUGUUGAGCAUUUCCACAUCUGCACUGCUGGACUGAUUUUUAUUUUAUUUAAAUGUAUCUUAUUUUUUUUUUUAUCUUAGUUUAGUUUAGUUAUCUGUCAAUCAUUUCCAUGUUAACACUUCAGGAUUUAAAUGAACAGUUUUAUUCUAUUUCAUUACGGUCUUAGCAAUAAACUCAGUAUAGUGUAAAAAAUGCAUUUUAAAUAGAAAGUUUUACAUCAGCCAAAUUUUUCUUUUUUCACAUUUAUAUUUUCAUUGUCAAAAAACAACAACAUUAUUUUAUUUUAGUAUAUUUUAGUUUAUUUCAUUCAUUUUAAUAUUAUUUAAAUUAUUUACUCUCUGUUCGUUUAUUUCUCAAAUAGAUGUAAUUUAUAUACUUCCUAUUUAUCACACACACUGCAGAUGCUAUUUCAGGUGCAAAACUGAAACCACCGCUAGACAAAUACAUGUACAUCUUACUUAUAACCAUCCUCAACAAUUAUAUUUCUUUUUUAUCCAUAUAACGUAAUGCAUAACUUCUGAAUAUUUUGAUGGGAAGUCUGAGACAUUUGGGAUUGAUGUUGCUUGUAUAAAUCUUCCUGAAUAAAGUUCUUAUUUUAUCUUA